AUAAAAAAUCCAAUGGAUUUUUUUACUAUAAAUUCAAAAUUAAAUGAUAAUCAAUACACAAGUGCAAAAGACUUUGAAAAAGAUAUUUGUCUUAUAUUUUGCAAUUGUUAUACAUAUAAUAAUAUUGGAAGUGAAAUAUAUAAAUUAGGAGAAGCAUUAGAAUUGGCUUUUAAUAAAAUAUGGGCUGAAAAAAUUAUUUUUCUAGUUAAACAAAAGGAAAAAUCAAAGAGAGUACAAGAUAAUGAUACUAAUUCAUCAUUAUAUAUAAUAUAUUUUAAUACUUUUUUUGCAUUUAUAUUAUUUAUAUUACUUACUUGUAAAAAAACAAAUUUGAAUUUUAGAAGAAAACAAAGAUAA